AGUCCUUGCAGCUUCAGCUCUGCAGUGCCUGCAAGGGUCUGAUUGGGGAGGGUUUUGAAUCCUGUACCCGAGGAACCCUGCAGGACACUGGAACAGGAGAAGUAAAAGAAAGCCUGCCUUGGAAGCCACGCCUCCUCCUGAGGAGAUGCAGAGCCUCAGGACUGAGCAGACACAGGGACUACUGCCUCGGGACAGCAGGGCCUGGGAGAAGCCAUGCCACUCCACCUUCCCCAAGGACUGGGAGGCUGUGGAGGUUGGGGCCUCCAGCUGUGACAGUGAUGAGAAAGAUCUGUCCUCCCAAGAGACUGGGCUAUCUCAGGAAUGGAGCUCAGUAGAAGAAGAUGACGAGUCAGAGGACUCCCAGGGCUUUGUGGAGUGGUCCAAGGCUCCACAGCAAACAACCAUCGUGUUGGUAGUGUGUGUGCUGUUCUUAUUCUUGGUAUUAACUGGGAUGCCCAUGAUGCUUCACAUUUAACUAUCACAACAGCUGCUGUAUGGAGACAUGAGCCCUGUGUCACGUUAAGGAACUGUCCUGGCUAGAAACCAGGAAUGGAUACUGAGUAUUAAGAAAUGCUUUUCACACAUCCAUUGAAAGAUUUAUUUUUAAUUCUGAAUAUGUGUGUGUAUCUUUGCGUGUGUAUGUGCUAUUGUGAGUGCAGUGCCUGCGGAGGCCAGCAGAGGGAGUUUGAGCCCCUGAAGCUAAAGUUGUAGGCAAUUGUGAGCUGCCUUAAUGGGUGCUGGGAACAGAGCUCUGGUUCUCUACAAGAGCAGUAAGUACCCUUAAAUGCUGAGCUGUGUCUAUAGCUUCAUAAGUUUUUUUUCCCAUAAAACUUUUUAUUAAGAGGUUUCUGUACUUCUAAAAUUUAUUUAAAUGAAUAUAUAAUUGAUUAUAAAAACAUUAUUUUGUUUACUAUUGAGAAGUUUUGUAUACUGCUGGGCAAGAAAAAAAACCUGUGAAUUAAUUGGAAGACAUUCUGAAUUGGAAGACAUCUCUUCAGAGAAGCUGAAAAGUGUGCAACUUAGGAUCAAUGUUGAAACACCUCCCUAUUUUUUAAAAUUAUCAUUGUAUAAUUUAACAUUUUGCUUGCCUGUGUUUUUUUGUACCAUGUUUGCACCUGGUUCCUGUGGAGGCCAGAAGAAGGUGUUGGAUCUCUUAAAAUUGGAGUUACAGAUGGCUGUGAGCCACUAUGUGGGUGCUGGGAGCUGAACCUGGAUCUUUUGGAAGAGCAGCCAGUACUCUUAAAUGUGGAGCCAUCUUCCCAGCCCCAUUUUUCAUAACACCUUCAGUGUAUACAGUCUUUCCAUAUAGACUUCCUUUUCUUGCUAUUUUAUAUAAGGACACUUGCCUCUCUAUCUUGAUGUGUUAAGUUGGUGCUAUUUUUGUGAAGUUGUGGUCUCAUGGCUUAACUUGACAUCUUUGAGAGAUCUGAGUAAUUUUUUUUUUAUGCUUUUGAAUAAUUUCUGUAGCUUGAGAAGUAUCAGGUCCUUGGCAGAUUAAAAGAGUUUACUGUGGCUGGAGAGAUGGCUUCAUGGUUUAGAGUGCAUAUCACCCUUGCAGUUUGCUUCCUGGCAACCGUAUCAGGCAGCUCACAACUCCAGCUCCAGGGGCUCAGACUCCCCCUGCUGGCCUCCGGGGACAUUGCAUGCAUAUGUGCAUACCCACCCAUAGUCCUCCCCCCCAACACACAUAUAAUUAAAAAAUAAAUCUUAAUUUUUUUAAACAAAAGAAUUCACCAGUAAUCAAUUCUGAGAUUUGUGAGAGGGAAAUCUCAGAAGAUGAGAUGAUGUUUAGAAAGCAGUUUGAAUUAUUAUAUGCCAUUACUAUGACAAUUCUAUCUUGGUAGCUUAGGAAUACUUUUUUACUUCUUGGAUUCAUUUUGAUGAUUUAUAAUAAUCUUUUAUCCUCUAGAGAGUUCUUCAUUCUGUAGGUCUUUUGAGACUAUAAGCUUAAUUAUGAACACUAUUUUUAUAAUUAAACAAAAAGGUUCUCUGCAUUUUUUCCCAUCACUCUUUUCCUUUGAACUCGCCGUUGUGGCUUCCUUGUUAUUUAUUUGCUUUUACCAAACACUUAUCUGGCGUUUGUUACUGUCUUUCCAAAGAUCUAGUGUCUGGCUUUAUUUAUAUUUAUUUAUAAUUUAUAAAAUUAUAAAUAUCUGUAUUACUUCUUUUGU